AGGUGUCUUCUUUUAUGCACGCAUGUGAAGGAGAUGCAGUGACAAAGCUCACAAAUGAAAAAAUUCCUUACUUUAAUGCGCCAAUUUACCUUCAGAACAAGACCCAGAUUGGGAAAGUUGAUGAGAUUUUUGGUCCUAUUAAUGAAUCCCUUUUUUCAAUUAAGAUGAUGGAGGGAAUCAUUGCAACUUCAUAUUCAGCUGGAGAUAAAUUCUACAUUGACCCAGCUAAACUUUUGCCGCUGGCCAGAUUUCUUCCACAGCCAAAGGGACAGCAACAAGCUUCUAGAGGCGGUGGACGGGGUGGAGGAAGAGGUGGGAGAGGCGGACGUGGAGGUGGUGGUUUUCGCGGGGGUAGAGGUGGAGGUGGUGGUUUCCGUGGGGGUAGAGGACCUCCACGAGGUGGCCGAGGAGGGGGUUUCAGGGGUAGAGGACGAUUUUGAAAAGAAAUAUAAUGUACUUUUAAUCUCUCUAUUUUAGUUUGUAAUUCUGAAUGCUAUUGAACUCAAUUGGGAGAAUGUCAGCAUAGCUCCUUUCUUCUGUUAA